AUGGGCAACAAAAAAAGAGAUUCAGCACAGCGUAAAGACCACAAGAACGCAACAGGGUCCAGAUUUCAACCAUUAACAAAAUACUUUCCAGAAAAAGGCGACGGAGACUCUGAGGCCUUCAGAUCAAACAUAGCUCUGAGAGCGCCAUCACCGACAGCUUCUCAAAACAGCCACGGCAUGCCAGAGGAAUGGGAAAUACUG